AAAAAAAUGUUCAUAAAUUUCUCGUAGUCAUAACUUUACCUCCAAUCAAGAAAAUCAAGUGAAAACACAAAUCUUCUACAAGAUGACGCACACCUUGUCAGCAAUUGCAACAAAAGAUUCUCACUGGUAUGGUUUGCAAGGUGAAGGGUUACAUGUAGAUGCCACAAACCUUUUCCGCAAUUGCAACCGAAGAUUUUUGGAUGAAUCGCAAGAUCAUCGGAUGAAGGCUUUCAGUUGUCCAGGCCAGGCCAGGUGACCAAUGACGAUGAUAGAUCGGGUUCGAUUCAAGCUAUACGCUUGGUGUAUUUGGUUAUCGUGACUGGCGACUUGAGUCUAACUCAUCUCAUUUCCAAAGCGCGGUGGCUGGGUCCCAGGCAUGCUUGCCUCUUUGUUCCACGGUCCUCAUCUAAGUUUCGACGGUGAUGACAUGGACUUAGGUUCAAGGAACGUGUUCCCCUUGAGUCAUUGUGGUUGAUUGAUGGGGGCAAUAAACAGUUGCGUGUCGCUAGUCAUUCAAUUGGUCCCCUUGUUUUAGAGUGUUGGCGGGAUAAGUCGUACGAAUGUUAACAAUAGUAUGCAAUAGCUGGCCAGCGAUCCCCUACCUGAUCUCGAGGGGGAUGGAAUGACUGGGUGAUAGGCCUGUUGUUAACCUGCGGAAUUUCGUCGGACGAAAUGUCAGGCGUGUCCGUGUGGGUAUUGUGCUAAACCAGUUUAGUACUAAUGACGAAGACAUUGGGCUCUUUGAAUAACAACAGUGUCCUUGACCUCCUUGUGCCACACAAAGCUAAUAAUAUAUGCCCCCUGAAAUCGACAAGACGGCGAUGAAGAAGGAGAGCCGGCCUCCAACUCGUCAGCCGAGAAGACACUGGAUGGACCCCAAGAAGAUGUUGCUGCUAAUGUUGGAGCCAUACAGGGUGGCCGAGCCAACAUUGUACAAGAGCCACAAGGACAAGGGACACAAAGACAAGGGACACAAGGACAAGGGACACAAGGAACACAAGGACAAGGGACACAAAAGGCGAUGUUGCAGUCUACAGCUGAGAUGAUGGCUGUCGAGAAGACCAUGAACCACUCAACCAAGAUCUACAAUUCGUGCUAUGUAGAUGUCACUCUCAAAGAUUUUGGAUGACGAAGGAAUCCAAUGCAUAUAUGUCGCUCACAGAUACGGCAGACGACUGAGAGUCGAGUGGAUUCAGUGGAUCGAAUGGUUGUGCUGAAGGAUGUCCAUGUGCAGGAGUGACGAACCACAGUUCAGCAAACGAUGCCUUGACACUGACCAAUUCAAGGAGAACCUUCGCUAAGAUCAGGAAGGGAACCUGUUUGCUAUGUGGAUGGAUUGAACACUUAAAUGUCUGUCAUUCUAUAGACUAUAAUGACAAUUUUCUGAUGGACUAUAGUGACAAUCUAACUCCAAAGGGGACUCUCUGGACUUAGGGAAAGCUAUAUUACGGACAUAGAGCCCUGACAUGAUAUCCUGCAGCCACCAUGAGGACAGCCUAUCUCAUACCUUCGGAAGGAUGCCAUCACACGCAUGAUGAGCCAUCCCACAGGAGGGAGAAGGAUGUUGUUGACCCAGCACAUCCCAACCAUGCUCCCAUCGCCGUCAAGUAACAGUACGACGGUUAGAUUGUAUUUUGUCACCGUAGGCUUUAUCGUUUUAUCAAAAUAUCUGAUUGAAAGGUGAUUGAAUGAAAAUUCAAAUUUUUCUGAUGGUGAGAAGGCAAAUAUUUACCUAUGACAAGCAUAGAUUAUUUUAAUCUGUGUUUGGUUAUGACCAUGACUUGUGCCAUGGUUCAAAAUCUUACACCUUUCAAAGAAGGAAUUGAAAUUAUGGGGGGUUGGGUUGUUUCUUGCUAACAAGGGAGCAAAUAAGGCACAGAAUGAAGAACAAUUUGGUGGGGGUGGGGUUGUUUGUGGCUACCAGAGGAGCCAACAGCCGCCUUGGGCAUAUCAGGACCCUGAAAUUCUUUUCAGGCUAAAGUUAUCAAAAAAUCACCGAAUUCAUCAGAUAUUCAUUUGAUUAUAUCCAUCACUUUGGACAUGGGGUCCAUGUGUUCUUGUUUCGCUGACCCCACGAAACAAGAACACAUGUGUCUGAUGGAACCGUAGGCCUUUCAUACUGUUUCUCGAUCUCAUCAGUACCACAGAAUUAACUGACAUGGCCUGGGCUCCGAUGCCCUGGACCUAAUAUCACACUGGCUGGAUCAGUUGCUAAGUACAUGUACCUUCGUGCUCGAGACAACUGACCAACAGUGAUAAGUUGAAUUUGAAUUUCCUCCUUCUUGAAAUACCAAACAUCUUUCCAAUUGAACAAAAACAGUUGGAUAAACUCUCACUGUUUUAUUGUAAAUUUAAAGACUGAUCCUUCCCUAGUGAUCACACAGUGAGCCGUUGUCAAAGCGUGUCAUUCGACAAUGGUGUUAUGCAUGCAUGUUUUGUUACGGCUUACCAGGGACCCCAAAUUGUUGAUGAUGAUGAUGUUCUCCAUGAGUACAUCUCCUUGGAUAAUGGGGGAGCAAAAUGGUACCUGCUGUCAUGACAAUUUUGGACAUAAUACUGAAUUGAUCGAGAAAAGUGUAAUUUAAAAACGUCAACUUUAGACGUUCCUGUAUGAAUGUAUUUGUAAAUCCUGUAUGUAAACUGAAUAAUUGGUAAAGUGUCUAAAUAAAUGAGAUCUAUAGACUCCAUGACUUGGCAAAAAGUAUGGCAAACCCAACUUUUAAUCUUUGCCAUGUCAAGGUCACCUCUUUUGUCAUGCAAAUAACAUGUCUGAACUGCUCCUUUUGUCAUGCUAAUUGGCAGCCAGCUCUGUCCAGUGGCCAUGAGAAAUGUGGUUCUUUUGUUAUUCAAAUUGAGUCCUGCAAAUCAACAGCAGUGACCAAACCUAUUGUCAGCUAACAUGCAAUAGCUAUUUAUGUAUAAUAAACAUGAUGAAUGCAUGAAGAGGUAGUGCUAACUCAAACCAUUGUGGUCAGGAGUUCUUGAGUCUAUUGUGUUUGAUCUCAAUUUAGCAUUGUGUUGCAAGGAUACUUAUCAGUGUUUCUUUGUGACAUCUUGUAAAGAAGUGGACCAUGUCUAAAAGAGAUAGUGCUACUAUCCUAUCUCCUGGUCCUCUUCUUGUAUUGGGCUUUCGGAGUGGUGCAGCAAAAAAUAAUGUACAAUGUAUGUACUCAUUUUAAACAUAAGCACCUGUCACAUGUGUGGUGGAGAUGGCGACUCCCUCCGAUUGCGUAGGUUUUCUCCCGGUAUGCGGGUUUCCUCCUACACGACUUUCCAAUUCGUCAUGUGUCUUCCUUGGAAUGUACAACAAUAAAGUUUUUUUGAAAGAGAAA